GCAACAUAUUGUCUCCUUGAAUCAGUGCCUCUAAACAUGCCUUGAAUAAUUGCAUCUCAUCUCUGGAAGAUGACCUCGAUUGAUGAGAUCUUUCGCAAGCCAAAUGCGUUACCGAAACGCAAGUUGGAAGACCCUAAUACCACCUUCUCUCAUGCCCUCUCUAACAAAUCCUCCAAAUUGACCGACGGAUCAUCUCCACGAAGCAACGGUUAUGAGUCUUCUACGCCCAGUUCUGGUUCCAAUGGAAAAGGGGCAUUUGUCCAAGACGAAAUUCUUGACGAAGAGGACGUUGAAGCCGGACCUGCGCGGCCUCCGAGCGAGGAUGACGUAGAGGACGAAGCCGGCGACGACGAUGAAGGCCGCUUCUUUGGCGGUGGUGUAACAAAGCAAGAACGCGAAGUGAUCGACUUUCUUGAACAAAACGAAGGCGAUGAUGUUGAAGAAAAGGUUGAUUCUGCCUGGUUACGGCGGACGGCGAUCAACUUCGAGCGAAAGAUCAACAAGAAUGCGGAACUACGCGCGAAGUAUGAAAGCGAGCCUAUGAAAUUCGUGGGUAGCGAAGCCGAUCUCGAUGCGGAAAUCAAAGGUCUCAGUCUUCUCAGCGAACAUGGUGAAUUGUACGAGGAAUUCGUCAAGCUGGGCUGCGUGGGGAGUCUAGUGGGACUGCUCGCACAUGAAAACACAGACAUCGCCAUCGCAGUGUGCGAGUUGCUGGCUGAGUUGACCGACGAGGACUCCUCAACAAAUGAAGAGCAAUGGAAGUCACUGGCGCAGGCAAUGAUCAAGGCAGAUCUGAUCGAUCUCUUGGUGAGUAACCUGGGACGAUUGGAUGAAGCAAAUGAGAGCGAUCGUGCUGGCGUCUACCACAUCCUGAACGUGUUGGAGAACAUACUUUCGGAUACACAGUACCAGGAGGUGGCUGGCUCCAAAGAUGGGCUCAUGUCGUGGCUGCUUGUACGGGUCAAGAAGGCCGACCCAACUGCCCGUGGAAAGGUGGGACAGAAUAGGCAGUAUGCCGCCGAACUCUUGGCCAUUCUUCUCCAAAGCAGCAGGGCCAACCGAGAGAGGUUCGCACGAAAAGAGGGAGUUGAUACCUUGCUCGAACUGCUGAGCGUAUACCGCAAACGGGAUCCAGAGAAAGAUUCCGACGAGGAAGAAUACGCCGAGAAUCUAUUCGACUGCUUGGCCUGUGUUGUGGAAGAGAAACUUCCGGCCGAUAAAUUCAUCGAGGGCGAAGGCGUCGAAUUAUGUCUCAUCAUGCUGCGAGAAGGAAGACUAGCCAAAGCACGCGCGUUGAGAGUGCUCGACCACGCCAUGAGCGGCGCUAAUGCCGUGGCCGUCUCGAUGAAAUUCGUCGAUGCAGCUGGUUUGAAGACGAUCUUUGGCAUGCUCAUGAAAAGCCAUAAGAUGGAAAGAAGUCUGCUGGAACAUCUGAUCGGUAUCUUGGCAAGCUUACUGAGGUACCUCCCGGGCGGAACAGCUGAACGAAUUCGUACCCUCGCAAAAUUCGUCGAAAACAAUUACGAGAAGACUCACAAACUGGUGGAACUUCGGAAAGAGUACAAGACACGGCUGAUCAAGACCGACGCACAAAUCCAGAGGGAGCGACAGGACAUGGACGAGGCACAACUAGAGGAGCAUGCAGACGAAUGGUUGUCUCGCCGACUCGAUGCAGGACUUUUCUCCUUACAAGCUCUCGAACUUAUUCUGAGCUGGAUGGUAGCGGAGGAUACUGGCGCCCGAGAGACCAUAACUGUUCUUCUUGGGGAAGAUGGGCUGAAGGUCUUGGAGCGCAGCUUGCGCGAUCAGUUGGAUGGCAUGGAGGUUGGUCAGGGCGAGGGAGGCAAGGCCACUGAAGAAAUGCUGGAAGCAUUGUUAUUGUGCGUUGAGCAAUGAUUGCUAGUAUUUAUGCUUGCGCAUGACAGCUAAUCGGGGACCAGCAACAAAUGUAUGACUUUUGACGAUAAUACAUAAUGCAUGAUACCCGUCUCGAUUUCUUGUUUUCGCCAUUCGUGCGCAUCUCCCAUGGCGGUGCGCAUGUUUGCAGUGAUUCCUGCUACCCAAAACCUCGUAUUCUUCGAGCAUCAAUGACGAAGAUGCCUAAUGAGGACCACGAAUCCAAACACACCCGCCGCAAAUGAGCUAGUGGCCGAGGCGACGGCCAAGGCACAGGCAUGCCACAGAGUCGUCGUAGUCUGUAACUCGACGCACUUAGCAGUCCCCAUCGCAGGCCCUGUGACUGGGAGGCUCACAUGUCACAUCUGAGUCUCAACCUGGUGGGCAUUGGGAAUUGGCUGAUUCCACACCCAGCGGUCUUUGGUGUACAAUUCCAACGCUGGAGUUGGUGGUGCGGUUUCGAACUCAUCGAAGAGCGUUGUCCUCACGAACGCUUUGUCAGGGAAUACCUCCUUGAGUAAACCAAACACUGGCGAGCCGCAAUUUUCACAAAAAUGUCGAUGGACCGAGCGACCAGUGUCUGUCUGCUUGUCUUCGUAAGACUUGAUCGGUCCAGAGAUGCUGAGAUCUGCAAGAGGGAGGAUGAGGAUGCAUGCUCCAACUAGACAUGGAAAGCAAUGUCAAAAUCCAGCAGACUAGCAAGGGAAUGUGCCAGGGCAAAUCUAUACCUGAACCGCUUGUCUUCUUGCAGUUCUUGCAGUGGCAGACAAUGGCAUUUGGCUUCUCCUCUUGAGGAAUGUUGGCCUCGACAGUGACAACGCCACAGUUGCAGGAGCCGUGCAUCGUUGCGGAGGGAGAGAAGUUGUACCGUUUGUGACACUAUGAAGAAAGUUAAAUAAGGCCUUGAAUAAGUGACCUGUCAAUCCUUCUCAUCUGAAGGGCAUCCACGGUCAAGACGGGAGGUAUAUAAAGGCAGAGAGUGCCGGGAGGCUGACGGAAUGGUUACUCGACUCGCAAAGAACACGGACCCAGCUAUCUAAGGGAGGUCGGGAGUAUGCCGAAGACCGUCACGGUGACAUCCUUGACGUUCCUUUAGGAUUUACGACAUGAUCAUCUAGCUGACGCACUGAAGACCGUUCGAGUCAAACAAUCGUGAUCCGUUUGAGUCUCCACCAAUCUCACCGGAGCGUAAUACUGAAAGCGAGGGCUCCGUGUUUUCCAGGUACGCACGUAAGGUUGGUUGUGAGGAGAGAGGCCACCAAUGCUGACUCAUGGCAACGGGGGAAUGUCAAUCGUAUGCUCGAGGCUAUUGCGAUUCGAUAUUGCUCGAUUCGUUUCGUACGAAUACGGUACGGUAGACAAUGUUGAAGUUGUGGAUUCUAA